UAAAUGGGCUUUCCUAGAAAUAAAUUGUGGCUCUGCCUGGCAAUAAUCUCCUUAAUUAAUAUAUGCCAAAUUAAUUGUGAGUUGCAGAGAUUUGAGCAGCCAAUCAAAGGUGAUGGAACACUUAGUUUCUUGGUUAUUGGAGAUUGGGGAAGAAAGGGAGACUUUAAUCAAUCUCAAGUUGCUUUUCAGAUGGGAAAAAUUGGAGAAGAAUUGAAGAUAGAUUUUGUGGUGUCAACAGGUGAUAAUUUUUAUGAUAAUGGUUUGGAAGGAGAAACUGAUCCAGCCUUUGUAGAUUCAUUUACCAAUAUUUAUACAGCCAAUAGCCUCCAAAAGCAGUGGUAUAGUGUUUUAGGUAACCAUGAUUACAGGGGUGAUACAGUGGCACAAAUGAGCCCUGCCCUUAGGAAAAUUGAUAGUAGAUGGCUUUGCUUGAGGUCUUUUCUAGUCAAUGCAGAGAUUGCUGAGUUAUUUUUCUUGGAUACGACGCCGUUUGUGGAUGAUUAUUUCACAAACCCGGAGCAUGCAUACGACUGGCGUCACGUGACCCCUACAAACACCUACACAACUAAUGCAUUAGCGAAUCUUGAAUCAGCAUUGAAGGAAUCAAGGGCAAAAUGGAAAAUAGUGGUAGGGCACCAUGCCAUAAGAAGUGUAGGCCACCAUGGUGAUACCCCUGAACUUGUACACCACCUUCUUCCCAUUCUCCAGGCCAACAAUGUCGAUUUCUACAUGAACGGACACGAUCAUUGUCUUGAACAUAUCAGUGACGACAUAAGCCCGAUCCAGUUUUUGACGAGUGGGGCAGGGUCGAAAGCAUGGAGGGGAGAUAUAAAAAAUAUGAAUGGUGAAGCCCUAAUUAAAUUCUUCUAUGAUGGCCAAGGUUUUAUGUCUGUUCAUUUGACACCUAGUGACGUGGAGAUUGUGUUUUAUGAUGUUUUUGGUAGGGUUCUACAUAAAUGGACUAGGUCUAAAUUGCUUCUCUCUGAUAUCUAAUCUUUUAUUUUUUA